CAGAAGCUUACAGUCACCAAGCUUCCUUAUCAGCGUAGUUCUUGAAGUGCUUCGUCGUAGACAAGGAAACCUGUAAAAAUGGCUGUCAAGGUUUGGAUCAUCUUUUACAGCACGUAUGGCCACACUAAGGCUAUGGCCGAGGCAGUCAAGAAGGGUGUGGAGGCUGUAGAAGGCGUUGAGGCUACCAUUUACCAGGUGGCGGAGACCUUGUCGGAGGAGGUGCUGGCCAAGUUGCACGCAGCUCCGAAGUCCGAUUACCCGAUUAUCGACCCGCAACCCCUCCUCCCACGUGCCCCGCACCCACUUCCCCACCCCCACAACUGCUCCCGCUCUCGCAGGUUUGGCAUGAUGGCUGCCCAGAUGAAGGCCUUCUUUGACGCCACCGGCGGGCUCUGGCAGAAGGGCGCCCUGCACGGCAAGCCCGCCUCCAUGUUCACCUCCACCGCCUCGCAGGGCGGCGGCCAGGAGACCACCAUCAUGACGGCCGUCACGCAGCUUGCGCACCACGGCAUGAUCUACGUGCCGUCGGGCUUUGCUGCCGGCCCCGGCAUGUUUGACGUGAAGGAGGCCCGCGGCGGCUCGGCGUGGGGCCCCGGCACUCUGGCUGGCGCCGAUGGCUCCAGGCUGCCCAGCGAGAUUGAGCUGCUGCAGUGCGAGGUCAUGGGCAAGCAGCUGGCCUCUGUCGCCAAGAAGCUAAAGGCGUAAGACAGGACGCCUCCCGAGGGUCGAGCGUGCUAGUGAUCUGUAUGACAUCGUGUAGCGUAUGAUUGAGAUAUGAGAGUUAUGCGUGUAGUCGACUUCCGGUAUGCAGCACGGGGUUUGUGUACCAACACAUGGCUCAAGUACAUGCAAAGGAUGUUGUGUUAAGAAAACUGGAUGUUGUAUAUUUGUUAUACUUUUUUAUGUCGGCUACUGGCGUUGCAUGCUAUCGCUUAUGGGGGCGAAGGACAUCACCAGUUGGCAACAGCUGUAAAGCCUU